GCUGCGGCAUAGUUGGUGGGGGGAUCUGGGCUUUCGGGUUUCGUGUGUAAAAUCAGUAAUAAUGAGUACCAAUACCGAGUGCUGUGCCGCUUAUUCAGAUGACUGCAAGCUUUUGGCGUACUCCAGUCCCGACGGGCGACUUCAAAUAUGGGAUACGGAUGCUGGUACAUUGAAGCAAGAGUACGUCCCCAGCUCGCACUUGUCAGCGGCAGCCACGUGUCUAUCAUGGCGCGCACAGACGGCGGCGCCGCGCCACAGGAAGCAGCGCAGCCGGUCGGCCGGCGGCGGCGGCGACGGCCCGCUGCUGGCGCUCGGCACGCCGGCCGGCUCUGUGCUCGUCUACAGCGUGGUGGCGGGCGACCUGCAGACCGAGCUGAGCGGCCAGCACGCCGGCGCCGUCCACUGUCUGGCCUGGGACGCCGCCGGCGGGCACGUGUUCAGCGGCGGCGCCGACGCGCACGCCCUGCAGUGGGCCGUCGGCAAGGGCAGGGUCAAAUGCAAACUGAAGGCGGGUAAGACGGCCGUGCACAGCGUGUGCCCGCUGCCGGACGGCAGCUCGCUGCUGACGGCCAGCCGCACCAUCACCUGGUGGGAGCUGGCCUCGGGCGCUCAGCUGCGCACGUACGCUGGCCACCCGGGCGAGGUCACCUGUCUCCGGCACGUGCCGCUGCAGCUGACGCGCGACGAGACGCACCAGGCGGCGUCCGUGUCGUUCGCGCUGCCCUCGGAGGCGCGCGACGUGCGCGUGCGCGCCGAGGCGGCCGACGGCGCCGUGCUGGUGACGGCCGUCACCACCGACGGUCUGCUGCACGUGUUCGAGCGACACCUGAACGGGGUGCGCAAGAAGCCGGUGCGACCCAAACUGACGGUGCGCGUGGCGACGGAGGGCGCCGCGCCGCGCCAGCUGCCCGUGCUGGCGGCCCGGCCCGGCGCCGAGCAGCCGGCGCGGCUGCACCUCUGCCACGGCUCCUUCCUGCGGCCCACCUUCGAGCGGCUGGUGAGCGCGGGCAUCGGGCGCGUCCGGGUCGGCCAGCCGCCGGGCGGACCAGGGCGGGGCUGA